GAAUAAACUUUUAAGUUUUAAAACACGAAUUUUGCUUACAAGAGUAUACCAAUACAAGUAACAUGACCAUUUUGAUAAUUUCCAACUUCGAACAAACGGUGGAUUCGGGGAUCGGAGCGUCCCCAUACCUCCACUGACGUCCGCCCAUCCCCGGCUUCAAACCGAUCUAACGCUCGUUGAUUUUGGGCCGCUACUUCCUCCCACAAGGCGACACGCAGAGGAAGGCGGAAGCUUGCUGCUGCCACCACAGCAAGAGAAGUUGCCAUUUCAAGGCGGUGAACCAAAGAGGCUGUUCACUUCUUUCAAGCCUAAAUUUGUUUUUCUUCCCGAUUGCAAUUUGGCUUCCAAUGGUUCUCAAACUCCACAUCAGAUCCUCACCCACACGAGCGGUUUCAGGGCUCGCUUCAGCCAUCCACAACGUCGACAUUCAAGCUCCGGUCAAGUUCCGUCCUUUCUCGCUCAGGGUUUUAACUGCUCCCAAAUGUACUGGGGUUCAGUUCGUUCAGCAUCAUUUCCCCUCCCUCUCUGCAGCCAUUCAUGGAGUUCGUCGGCGGGAUUGUGCGAUUGCUCGUGUAAAAGGCACUGAGAAGGAGGGCGAUUUGCCCAACUCCGAAGCUGAGAAGAUCAGUUCUGAAAGACAUGAUGAUAAUGCUGACGAGUCUUUGGAUAAUGCUGAGAGAGAUAAAACAUACGUGACAUCAGUUAAAACUGUUGCUUUAUGUGUUGGCAGUGCUGUGGCGUUUGGCAUUGGCAUUGGUCUGGUAGAAGGUGUUGGCAAGGCAUCAGAGUUCUUUGCUGGGUACCUGUUGGAGCAGAGUUUGUCCGUGGAUAAUCUAUUCGUUUUUGUUCUCAUAUUUAACUAUUUCAAAGUGCCACUCAUGUAUCAGAAUCGAGUGCUUUCGUACGGCAUUGCUGGUGCAGUCAUCUUUCGUUUGUCGCUGAUACUUCUUGGAACUGCUACGCUUCAGAGAUUUGAGGCUGUCAAUCUGUUCUUGGCAGGAAUAUUGCUAUACUCAUCUUUCAAGUUACUAUUUGUUGGUGAAGAAGAUGAGAGUGAUCUGUCGAAUAAUUUUAUAGUGAAGACUUGCCAGAGAGUUAUUCCUGUCACAUGUAAUUUUGGGCAGGAAAGCUCUGAAUAUGAUGGGGAUCGGUUUAUAACAGAGCACGAGGGUGUUUUGAAAGUAAGUCAUUCACAGAAUCCCGUUUGCAUGCAUCAACAUUUUGGGCAGGCCACACCUUUACUUCUCACAGUAGCAGUACUUGAGCUUAGUGAUAUUGCAUUUGCAGUUGACUCCAUCCCUGCAGUGUUUGGCGUUACCCGAGAUCCAUUCAUUGUUUUCUCUUCCAAUCUCUUUGCAAUCCUGGGUCUGAGAUCCCUUUUCACGCUCAUUUCCCAGAGUAUGGCAGAGUUGGAGUAUUUGCAACCCUCGAUCGCCACAGUCCUAGGCUUCAUUGGGUGCAAGAUGAUCCUGGAUUUCUUCGGUUUUCACGUGUCAACUGAGGCAUCUCUUGGGUUUGUGGCAACAAGCCUCAGCCUCGGCGUCAUAUUUAGCCUGCUGAAGAAGUCUGAUUCCGAUUGACCAAUGAGAUACCCGGCUAAAUACAGAAAGGAUUGUGCCAGCAAAGCCCAUUUCAUUGCUUGAGAAAUGGUCACAAUGGAAAGACCCAGUAAGUCAUGUCUUGUUCUUCUUCCUCUCCCUCUCUCCAUGGCGGAGCAUGAGACGCAGUUGAAAGCUAUCAGCCUCCCAGUCGUAAUUUGUACAUACUUUUGGCUCGUACUAUGUGUUGGACUUGAACACUGUUUUGCUUCAGUAUUCUCGAGGACU